AUGAGUGACUGUCCUUCAUGACGGUGGAGUCUGGGGGUUCACUAAUUGAGGUAGGACAUGCCAGGGAGAUGUAUUGGGGCUGUGUGUGUAGCCCCACCCAAGCCCUGGAGCUGGGAGGAUGAGCUGGAGGCAGGGAGAUGGAUAACCUUGUGACCUCGUGUGGGUCUGAGAUGCUUCAGAUCAGGCUCUGAGGGAAGGUGGGUCCCUGAAGCUGGCUGAGUGCAUCUUAGGGAGCAAGUGCGUGUGAUGUCAUCCCAGGAAUGCAGUGAAGGCUCAGCUGUGCUGCCCAGGAACCUGUGAGGAGUCACAACACUGGCUGCCGUAAUUGGAGGCACUGAGGAUGGGCAGGGAGGGGCCUGAGACCAGGUGGGCAGGAAGGGCAGGGCAGAGGGUGCUUGGGCUGGCCCAGAGGAGGUGCUGCUCUCUCUCCCCGAUUCUCCGCUGUCCGCAGCUGCUCCACCUCCACAUCUCUGGAGUUGGCCCUUGUCCGCGGCCAUCAGAGGGCCCCGCUGCCAUGACGGACACGCCAGUCGAGGAAUCCCUCUUCCAAAUCAUCCACAGCUACCACCAGUACGCGGCCCGGGAGGGGGACGUGGAGACCCUGUCCCUGGAGGAGCUGAAGGCCCUGCUCAUGGACAACGUGCCCCGCUUCAUGGAGAGCCUGGUGCGCGGGGCCUGGGGGCAGGGCCGGGAGAAGCCGUACUUCAUCACCGAGCUGUUCCGGGCAGCGGACAAGGACAAGGACAACCAGAUCUGCUUUGACGAGUUCCUGUACGUCCUGGGCCAGCUGCUGAGGGACUACCACCUGCAGUACCACCGGCAGCUGUGCGCCCACUACUGCGCCCGGCACAGCCUCUACUAGAGGGAGCGGGCAGCCCCCCAGGCCUGCCCCAGGAGCCACGUGACCCAGCCGGGCGGCCCAGUGGAGCUCUGCCACGCGUGUCUGCGUGUGCCAUGUGUGUGCGCACGCCUGUGCAUGGGUGUGGAAGGACACCCGGGAGGGAAGAGAAUAAAGCAACUUCACAGCA